UUUGGUAUUUUAUUCGCUCUUUGUAGUAUUUUUGGGCGCUAGAUUCAAACAGUGAUCGUUAUCGAUUAGAGGGACACGCAAUUGAGUUAUCAAACGGCAACAGGUGGUUGUCCCUCCCUGGUGGUAGGUCAGUUGAUAAAAAAAGCCUCGACAUUGUAAAGUACUCAAGCAAGUCGUCGUCGCGUCGUCGUCGUCUGGUGUUGAAGAUACUUAAAUAGCUGAAUCUCCAAAAACAGGAAAACCCAAAGCGUAGAAUCUCCCUCAUAAUGUAUCCCUUCGGUACUGGAGCAGGAUAUCCACCGCAGUAUCCCCCCACUUCCAAUAACGAGCCACCGCGAGCGCCCUUUGGAGCUGGUUGGGUGCCACCGAUGCAGCAGAACUCACCAUACCCACCACCCACUGCCACCCAUCAGACUCCUGCUCCCUAUCCGCCAAUGUCGGCACCAUAUCCGGCUGCUCCGGCUCCCUAUCCCACCUCGAACCACCCAUAUCCAUCUGCAUCAUCACAGCAGCCGCACCACCACCACCACCAAUACCAACCAGUCUCGAACACACCCUAUCCCAUGGAUCGUGGAUUUACCCCGGCCAUGACGGCUGGCUAUGAUGCGGGACCAGGAUAUGGACAUGGCUAUAGGCAUGGGCAUGGACAAGGGCAGCAACAGUGGCAGGGACAGGGGCAAGGGCAUGGUUAUGGGCACGGGCAUGGUCAGGGCUAUGGGUAUGGACAAGGGCAUGGGCAUGGUCAGGAGCACGCGCAUCGGUCUUUCCCUCCAGCUCACAGAGAGGGAACUCCUACUGUGUUGCCGGCGCAGGACUUUGAUCCCGUCAAGGAUGCCCACGACUUACGCAAGGCCAUGAAGGGCUUUGGCACGGAUGAGAAUGCCCUGAUCAACAUCAUUUGCCGGCGGACGAACGAGCAGCGCCAGGAGAUCCAGCGCCAGUUCAAGACGCACUUUGGCAAGGACCUCAUCGAGGAUAUCAAGUCGGAGACGAGCGGCAACUUUGAGAAGCUGCUCGUUGGCCUCCUCCGUCCCAUUGUGGACUUUUACUGCGCCGAGCUGAACGAUGCCAUGGCCGGAAUUGGCACCGACGAGACGGUCCUCAUUGAGAUCCUGUGCACCCUGUCCAACAUGGAGAUCUAUACCAUCAAAAACCAGUACUUACGCUUGUACGGCGCUCACCUGGAGUCGGAGCUGAAGUCGGAGACCUCGGGCAACUUCAAGCGACUCCUCACCUCGCUGUGCACGGCGGCCCGAGACGAAAGCGGACGUGUGGAUCCCGCUGCGGCCAAGGAUGAUGCCCGGGAGCUGCUCAAGGCCGGCGAGCUGCGGGUGGGCACCGACGAGAGCAUGUUCAACAUGAUCCUCUGUCAGAGGAACUAUCAGCAGCUGAAAAUGAUAUUCCAAGAGUACGAGAGCAUCACUGGCCACUCCCUGGAGAAGGCCAUCAAGAAGGAGUUCUCCGGCGACAUCAUGGAGGGCCUGAUUGCCAUCUACAAGUGUGUCACCAACAAGGCCGAGUACUUUGCCUCGCGACUGCACAAGUCCAUGGCCGGCAUUGGCACCAACGACACUCAGCUGAUCCGUGUCAUCAUCACGCGCUGCGAGAUUGAUAUGACAGAAAUCAAGGUGGCUUUCGAGCGUUUGUACGGCAAGUCGCUGAAGAGCUGGAUUAAGGGCGACACCUCUGGCCACUACAAGCACGCUCUCUACGCCCUGGUGGGCGAACAGCGCUCAUCUUAAGAAUCUCUUUCUUUAAACAAAAAAACAAACAAAUCCAAAAUCAGAUCGAACCGCAGAGAUAAAUCAAUUAUUCGAAUAUGUAAUCUCCUCAAUUUUUUCCCUUGUAUUUUAUGACUUGCAUAUACAUACGCAUACACACACUUUGUAGACUCUAAGUGCUCACAGAUAAUACCUGAUCGGGACCCAUUCCCAAGUCCGUUUGUUUGACAAUUUUAGGAUCUGAUCUAUUAAGAUGACCGACCACUUCAUUAGGAUGUAAAGGAGUCGCCCAGUUCCACUUGCUACUUGUUUUUUCACACACCCAUAAAAUGUUAUAAUUAAAAAAAACCUAAAAUCUAGUAUUCGUCUCAACCUGUGCCUCAAAUGUAACUCUAUUGCCUAACGCUAAAAAGCAUUUAAACCAGCGAACAUACACCGAACUAUAUAUAUACACUAUAUAUGUAUGCAUUUUGAAGCGACUAAGAUUUUAUACACUUACAUAUAUACUAUACAUAAUCGUGUUUAUUAAACGAUUUCAACUUCUA